GAUCUUCUUCCGGUAAAAUGCCGGUAGCUAAAUGAAAAUAAAAACAUUGUCCAACAUUGACAACAUACUUACUAACAUACAUAGAUAAAGAUUAUUUACAUUGAUUUCGUGAGCUGAAAGACUGAGUAAUAAAAUUAAAACCUAAAAAUAGUGGCCAUACAUCCCUAUUGUGGCAAAGUCUUUAGUGGAUAUAAAUAAUUAUGGCUUCAGAGCAGAUGGAAAUUGAUGACUCACUCUACAGCCGACAGAGAUAUGUUUUGGGAGAUGCAGCGAUGCGUCGUAUGGCUAGCUCAUCUGUACUUGUGUAUGGCUUGAGUGGUCUUGGUGUUGAAAUAGCCAAAAACAUUAUUUUAGCUGGUGUGAAGUCUAUCACCCUUCAAGAUCCUAAGUCUACUCAACUCUCAGAUUUGGGUACACAAUUUUUUCUCAGAGAGCAUAAUGCUGAGCAAUCUACUAAUAGAGCAGAGGCCUGCUUCCCUCACUUAGCAGAGUUGAACCCUUAUGUAACAAUAGAGACAUCUACAGAGCCUUUAACAGACAGCACUGAUUUAUCUUAUCUCAAAAAAUUUCAAUGUGUUAUAUUAACAGAGUGUACAUUAAGCCUGCAGAUAAAGGUCAAUAACUUUUGUAGAGCAUCAACACCCCAAAUCAAGUUCUUAUCAUCUGAUGUAUAUGGAAUAGUUGCAACUGUCUUUGCUGAUUUUGGAGAAAGUUUUGAAAUAUUUGAUGCUACUGGAGAAGAAUCAAAAGAUGUUUUUGUUAGUGACAUUACUAAGUCCAACCCAGGAGUUGUCAGUUGCUUAGAAAAUAGAUUUCAUGGUUUAGAAAAUGGAGAUGUAGUCACUUUUAGAGAGGUUAGAGGAAUGACUGCCGUUAAUGGUCAGCAAUUUACUGUCAAAGUGAUCAAUCCUUACACAUUUAGCAUUUGUGAUACAUCCGGACCAAACUUUGAGCCCUAUGUUGAUGGUGGAAUAUUUACUCAGGUUAAAGUGCCAGUUAAGAAAAAUUUUGACAGUCUAGAACAUCAGCUAAUAGAGCCAAACCUACUCAUACCAGAUCUCUGUAAAUUUGAUGCACCGAUACAGCUCCAUAUAGCUUACCUUGCUUUGAAUAAAUAUCUGGAAACUUUUGCUUCAUUGCCUAAGCCAUGGAAUGAAGCUGAUGCAGUCCAGUUUCUUAAUGUUGCUAAAACCGUAAAAGAAUCAUUGAAAACUAAUGUUGAUAGUUUAGAUGAAAAGUUAAUGCUGAUUGUGUCCCACUGCUGUCAGGGCUGCUUCUCUCCCUUGAAUGCCAUCUUUGGAGGUGUUGUUGCCCAGGAAGCUUUAAAAGCCCUAACUGGAAAGUUUACCCCCCUACAUCAGUGGCUGUACAUGGAUGCCAUAGAAGUUGUACCAGUUUGUGAAUCCCAAGAUUUUGAUCAGUUUUUACCUCGUGGAGACAGAUAUGAUCUAUUAAGACUGUGUAUUGGUGACAAGAGCUGCCAGAUUCUAGCAAACACAAAGCUUUUUAUGGUUGGCUGUGGAGCUAUAGGAUGUGAAAUGUUGAAAAACUAUGCUCUGUUGGGUAUUAGUACUGGAGCUGGAAAGAUUACUAUAACAGACAAUGAUUUGAUAGAAAAGUCUAAUUUAAACAGACAAUUUCUAUUUCGGUCCUGCCAUAUCCAGAAACCUAAAUCUACAACUGCUGCACAUGCUGCUUUAGAGAUUAACAAAGAUAUAAAAAUAGAAGCUCAGCAACAUAAAGUUGGACCUCAGACAGAAGACACUAUUUACACAGAUGCUUUUUUUGAUAGUCAGGAUAUCAUUGUUAAUGCAUUAGACAAUGUUGAAGCCAGGCGCUAUAUGGAUGGACGCUGUGUUACGAACCAAAAACCUCUCAUGGAGUCUGGUACCAUGGGUACCAAAGGUCAUGUGCAAGUGAUUGUUCCACACAUUACAGAGUCCUACACAAGUCAGCAAGAUCCAAAAGAUGAAGAUUUUCCUUAUUGUACAAUAAAAUCCUUUCCUGCCACAUUGGAGCACUGUAUACAGUGGGCCAGAGACAAGUUUGAAGAGUGCUUCGUCCAAAAUGCUCAACUAUUCAAUAAGUUUAUUGAAACAAAUUCAGACAUGAUGGAUGUCGCUCAGCGACUUGCUUCUGGUGUGUCCAUUGAUGGUGCUGUUAAAGUCAGUAAAAUGUUAGCCACACGACCUACAUCUUGGGCAGCAUGUCUUGCUUUGGCUCGAUCCCGAUUUGAAUCCUAUUUUAACCACAAGGCUAAAGAACUUCUGCAUGCAUUCCCUUUGGACAAGAAAAUGGAAGAUGGAAGUUUAUUUUGGGCUGCACCUAAAAGACCACCAAGACCAUUGAAGUUUGAUCCAAGUGAUGAAAUGCACAUGUUGUUUGUUAUCACCACUGCCAGGCUCUAUGCUGAUGUGUUCAUGGUCAAGUGGACACCUGAGGACUUGGAUAGAAAUAAUGUCUUGUCUAUUUUAUCGGAAGUUCCUAUCCCUGAGUUUAAACCUAGAAAUAAGGCCAUUGUGACUGAUGAAACAGCCAGUAAAGAAGUCUCUACUAACCAGCCAUCUGGGGAUGUUGUGGAAGAAGCUGGUCAAAGAAUCAAAUGUUUAAUAGAAGGAAAUUCACUCAACACAAGUUCCUUAACUCCUCUUGAGUUUGAGAAAGACAAUGACAGCAAUGGUCACAUUGACUUUAUUACUUCAACCACAAACCUCAGAGCUCAAAUGUAUGGUAUAGCAAUUGGGGACAGAUUUAAAAUCAAGAAAAUAGCUGGUCGCAUAGUUCCAGCCAUAGCCACCACGACAGCAACUGUCUCAGGUCUAGUCACAGUAGAGAUGAUUAAAGUCCUGCAACAUAUGCCACUAGAGAAACUCAAAAAUUGUUUCCUGAACUUAGCCCUUCCAGUCAUCCUGCUUUCAGAGCCUGGACCAGUUGUUAGGACUGUGCUUAGGGAAGGUUUAAGUGUCACAAUUUGGGACAAGUGGGAAAUCAGAGGCUCAGAAAAUUUUACUUUGCAGAACUUUAUUGAUCAAUGUAAGGAGAAGUUUGGUUUUGAAGCCAGCUCUAUAGUUCAGGGGGUGAAAAUUAUCUACAUGCCCUUUAUGCCUGGACACAAUAAAAAACUUCCAAUGCAAAUGACCAAACUGUUGAAACCAGUAGCAGACCAGCAGUAUGUGGAUCUAGUAGUAUCAUUUGAUGGGGAUGAUGGAGAAGAUGUACCUGGACCUCCAGUCAGAUAUUAUUUCUAAACAGAUUUGAGUUGGAAUACUAUUUUAUUAAACAAAUAGAUGUCAGGAUUGGAGACAAACAGUGUUUCUAUAAGCAACACUAAUUCUUUUAACUUCUUCUUUUAACCAAAAAAUGUUUCACAUAUUUACCUGGAUAUUAGUUUAGUUUUAAAAGAUUUUAAAUAUGAUCCCAGUUUGGUUUAUAAUUGGUUCUAUCAUUCCAAUACCCUAUAAACAAAACAUUUUUUGUUUUAGUAUCUAACAGUUAUCUUAGUCAAUGUUUAUCUAGGCCAGUGUACUUUGCACCAUGUACAGUUUGUGAUGCUACUAUAGACCAAUGUUAGAACCAUGGUAUCCUGGCUUUCAUUGUAUUAGCAUGUUCUCAUCAAUGAGAUCAUAAUCAUCUUCUGUUUAAUGUGGUCAUUGAGUUUUUCCAGUGCUGCAUAACACAUUUAAUGGUCAGCUUUGUACAUGUUUGGCAUGCAUUGAAAAAUUAUGGUAUAGUUGCAUUAUUGUGAAUAUUUGAUUUAUUAUGCACUUGAGGACGUGUUUCUCUUGUAGGUGUUGUUUAUAAUUCUAGAUGAUUGUAAAAUCACUGAGAUGAAGGGAACUAAUCAGUUUUAUUUACAUUCAACUUAUAAAAAGUCAUACAUUUUUCCAUUACUGGCAUUUAAAAAACAGCUUUUUACAAAUUUGUUGUCAUAUUUUUGAAUACCCCCGGUUGGGUUAUGAUUUGUAAGCAUUUUAUUUUGAAAUAUAAGUAGAGCUGACAAAACUCUACUCUCCUACGGAACUAAUUGUAUCUGUAGGUAAAUCUAAACCACACUCAACAGAAGUGUUGGAAAUAAGGAAAAAGUGGGGUCGUCCAAUGAGGAAAGAGUGGGGUCGUCCAAUGAAGAAAGAGUGGGGUCUGCCAAUAAGGAAAGAGUGGGGUCGUAGUUGGCCUCUUUCAUAUUUCGUUGUUGUUUCUUAUUGUUAUCUUUUAUGCUCUGCUCUCUAACUGCAAUGUGUUUGUGAAAACAAAAAUGUUUCGACCAGACAAAAUGAAAGUGCAGAAAACUUUGUUAUUAAACAUUUUAUUGAAAUUUUAGAAAAA